UGCUCCACGAUCAGGGCCAUCUUUGGUCGUCCUCGCCGGUGACAGUGUGGACAGUAUAUUGCAUUGGUCAUUAAUGCCUAAUGAUUAAUAAAUAAUAUUUAACUUUGAACGAGCCGUUUGAAAGCAAUCGGGCAGAGACAGAGAGCCAGUUUCCCGGUUGGUGGACUCACUGGCAUUCUUUCCUUCAAUACCCUUCAUUUCUCAAGGCAAAAAGAGGGCGAGACGGGAGAGGCGGUGAUACAACAUGGAUGAGGAAUAUGAUGUGAUCGUUCUGGGCACCGGACUCACAGAAUGCAUUCUGUCUGGGAUCAUGUCUGUGAAUGGGAAAAAGGUUCUGCACAUGGACAGGAACCCCUACUAUGGUGGCGAGAGCUCUUCCAUCACCCCCCUGGAGGAGCUGUACAAGCGCUUCAGUCUCCCAGAUAGCCCGCCUGAGUCAAUGGGUAGAGGAAGAGACUGGAACGUUGACCUCAUCCCCAAGUUUCUCAUGGCCAAUGGUCAGCUUGUGAAGAUGCUGCUAUACACAGAAGUGACACGGUACCUUGACUUUAAAGUGGUGGAGGGAAGCUUUGUCUACAAAGGAGGAAAGAUUUACAAGGUGCCGUCAACCGAGACUGAGGCGCUAGCUUCAAAUCUGAUGGGCAUGUUCGAGAAGCGAAGGUUUCGCAAGUUCUUAGUCUUUGUGGCCAAUUUCGAUGAGAAUGACCCCAAGACCUUCGAGGGCGUGGACCCCAAAACCACAACGAUGAGGGAUGUUUACAAGAAGUUUGACCUCGGCCAGGAUGUCAUUGACUUCACCGGCCACGCCCUGGCCCUCUACAGGACAGAUGACUACCUUGAUGUUCCCUGUUUGGACACAAUCAAUCGUAUCAAACUGUACAGUGAAUCACUGGCACGGUACGGGAAGAGCCCCUACCUCUACCCCCUGUAUGGACUGGGAGAGCUGCCGCAGGGAUUUGCCAGGUUGAGUGCAAUCUAUGGAGGAACCUACAUGCUGAACAAACCAGUGGAUGAGAUAGUGAUGGAGGGUGGACAUGUGAUCGGAGUGAAGUCUGAGGGCGAGGUGGCUCGUUGUAAGCAGCUCAUCUGUGACCCCAGCUACAUCCCGGACCGUGUCCGUAAGGCAGGUCAGGUGAUCCGCGUUAUCUGCAUCCUCAGCCACCCCAUCAAAAACACUAAUGACGCCAACUCCUGCCAGAUCAUCAUUCCUCAGAAUCAGGUUAACCGCAACUCAGACAUCUACGUGUGCAUGAUCUCCUAUGCUCACAAUGUGGCGGCCCAGGGGAAGUACAUUGCCAUAGUCAGCACCACAGUGGAAACCAGCGAGCCCGAGGCUGAGAUCGAACCGGCCCUGGAGCUGCUGGAGCCCAUUGACCAAAAGUUUGUGGCUAUUAGUGACCUUUAUGAGCCCACAGACGAUGGUACUGAGAGUCAGGUCUUCGCCUCAAGGUCCUAUGAUGCCACCACUCACUUUGAGACCACUUGCAACGACAUCAAGGACAUCUACAAACGUAUGACCGGGAGCGACUUUGACUUUGAGAACAUGAAACGCAAACAGAACGAUGUGUUUGGGGAGGAUGAGCAGUGAGCGGGUAGUGUGGGGUUUCCCGAGAGAGAGGGCGGGGCUGGGAAAGGAGACGGGGCGAAAACGGGGCAAAACAGGCGGCAGAGCCUGCGGCAGAGGGGCCGGGGGGGGGGCUGCCUGAGCAGUGCUUUAAAAAAUAAAACAAAUGGGGUUGGGGGUCAAAUUAAAAGAAGCAAGAGCGUGGCGUAGAAGAAGAAGAAGGGGGGUAUUGUUUCUGGGCUCUGCCCGCCCUGAGCCGUUUGCCUCCUUUUCCUUACUCCCUCUCUCUCUUUGACACGCGUUCAAACACAUAAAUGCUCACAAACACACACACACACACAUACACGCUGUUCCAAUACUCACACUCCCUAUCUCUGUCACUGAAAAGCAGGGUUGAUAUGGUCUUUCAUUCCAUUGUAGACUUUACAGUAUAAUCAUGUCUUAACUAUUAUCUUUAGAGGUGAAUUUAUUACUUGUUGUUGGCGAUUUUCAAAGCAUUUCAUUCUUUCUGUAAUGUCUCUCUCCUCAUAUCAGAGGUUGGCGUGGAUGGGAAGUUUUGAUGGCAUUGAGAGGUGCAGACCGCGAGCUCUGACAUGAGAGACCCUGUAACGGCUUAGUGUAGAAUCCUCUGGGAGGGUCACCUCCAGUUGACAUGCAUGCAUCUUUUACACACAGUAGUAUUGUACAUAGACUCAAAUGACACUGCGGUAUGAAGGCUGGACCAUUCCACGCAUCGCUCCUGUCAACCCUGCUUUCACUUUUCUCUUACUUGGUCUUUUACCUGUGUUAAUUCAAUAGACGCCGCUCCUUUUGGCAAAAUCUGUUGAUCGGGCAAAGAAAAAAAAAUGUGAUGAAAAGUUACUUAUAAAUGGGCUGUUCUGUCAACUGAUAGUGCUCACUUUGCAAUGCUGUUGUGUUUCCCUGUGCUAGCAGGCAAGCUAACCAGUGGCUAUUAAUUGUCACCCCCUCAAAAAAAAAACAAUUGUUGCUUUGUUUUUCUCUGUUUUGUGAUGUCAAUUUUGAAUUUCAAUAGUUUCUAACAUUUUAAAUUAUUGAAGAGUUUUAUUUCUAUAUAUUUGGUGCACAUUUCACUGGCUGAAGUUAUGAAGUUUACAGAGCUGAGGUUGAAACUGUGGUCUUCAAGCUGAACAUAAAAAAAGGGAAUGUCGGGAGCUAUAGAGGAAUGGAGGGGAUUUGUCUGGUUCUGGGUAAAGUAUUCUGAUUUGAAACGAGUGAUGAAAACAAAGCUGAUUGUGGUAAAUGAUACACGGCUGAGAUUGCGAGGAAGUGCGCCAUGGUUGGGGGAAAAAGAAUGUAUGCGGAGAAUGUUGUUGAUUUGACGUUUGCGGAGUUUCACCUUUGAGUGAAAAGAAGGCGAAGACUGAAAUUUCGGCUCAUAGUGAAAGCACCGGAUUGUGUCUUGGUUGUUUCAACCCUUGUGUGUGUGUGUGUCAUUGAGAUAAGUAAUUCCCCUAGAAACUCAAUCUUAUGAAGAACUGUAGUUGUUAAAAUAGAGGGAAAAGCUGGAAUCUCCCAUCCUUUUAAAAGACUUUGUAGCAAAAGUAUGAAGCCACAGUUACAAGUGCCGCCCCACGAGAAUGAACCAAGAUGCUUUUAUUUGGUUGCAGCCUUAAUUUUGGGGUCUGAUUCAAAUGUUUGGGCCCUUUCAAAAAAAUUUGACUGCUUUGUUUUAACUAACAGUUAGUGGCAGGUCAGUCUUGUGCCAAAAAUGGUGUCGCUGUUAUUGGCAAAACUUGCUGGCAAUGUUAAAAGUUCAGUUUGGUCGCGCUUGUUGCUGUGCAGAUCUGUCUGAAUACUAUGGAGGGGGAUAUUGUUUUCUACACCUGAGUGGAGGCAGCUCCUCAUAUAUCUCUACACAGUGCACGCACUGAUCUGUGGCUCAGCUUGUUACACAUCAAUAAACAAAUAGAUGAGACGCUCUGAUCAUUUCCUUUAAAAAAGCAUUUCACUUUACCCACCAGGACCAGUCCCUUAACAACUCGUUUGGGAUGUUGAUGUGUCUUAUUGUUAUGCUCUAUUUAUUUGAAUUUCACUGAUGUAUUGAAAAAGGUUUUUAUGUCAGACGCAUAUGCUACGCUGUUAGUUUAUGAUCCGACGACGAAAUGGAUUUUAAAAGUGAUGCACACCGAAAAUUACCUGUUUUUCGUUUGUUAUUUGCUGUGUUCAUGUGUUAUGUUUACCUUAAUUACCUUAAUCAUUCCAGUGUGGUUUCAUGAUUUAAUAUGAUUAUUGAGCAUUCCUAAGAAACAGGUUUUGAUGGAAAGAUAACAGUCUGACAUGGAGCUGAAAUCAAAAUCUAAACAGCUGUGUACUCACAACAGUUUCACAACCGUGCGUCGUUCAGAAUUGUGUGUGGUCUUCAUCCUGGAAACAUGUUAUUGGAUUAAAACUGGAACACUGUUUACUCUUCGAACAUAGAUAUAUUUGAAGCCCUCCCUUCCCCUGACCUUUCCUCAGCAUCAAAUACUGUCCUCUCUCUUUUUUUUAAUUUAUUGAAAACAAAAGCCUAAUGUGUGGUCGUACUGUUUUACUUUCCAUCCAGUUUGGCCUUUGAAAAACCACUAUUGACAACAUCCCUUGAAAUUGACAAAAGAAAUAGUUCAGGCUGAGUAGUAGAAAACUUACUGUCCUUGUUUGAUCACUAGUAUGUGAACAAUGCCUAAUGUCUUGUGUAACAAAUAAAACGAAUUAAACUAUGAAUGAAAUGAUAGAAAAAUAAAAAGCACAUGGCAAACCUGGAAAAGAC